AUGAAUCACUUACUCGUGGAACCAACCAAGUAUCCGAAAGUUGAUUGUCAUUUGACUGACACUUCAAGGGCCUGUGGUCGACGCCUGGCAGCUCAGAGUGACAUGGCUUCCGUGGACCCCCGACUGGAGGCGGAGUACAAAGCGAUGAUGGCGGCGCACAUGAACUCGUCAUCGAUUUCGGCGCCUCAGGACCGCCCCCGUCGGCUCUUGGGCCCCAACGAUCCCUACGCCUCAACCGUGGGCGAAGACGAACUGGUGUCCAAUUGUUCCGUGCGCCAGCGUGACGGCACCACUUGGUGUCGCGUGAGCGACGACGGGACCGGCGCCGGAUUGCAGCAGCAACAAGAGAAGCAGCAGCAGGAGCAGCGGAGGCGGCGUCUUCGCCGUCGGCGGCGGCGGCGACGUCGGCGCCACCACAAGAGUCGCCAAGCGUCGGCGCCUGGAAAAUUGAUAAAAAUUACUGGCAUCCUCGGGACGAUGAUUAUUGCCGUUCGAAAUGAGAGAGAUGAAGGGGAAAUCGUAUCGUCUGUGUAUCAAAGCGCAGAAGUCAUCGUCGUGCUCGAUUCAUCAGGCAUUUUUUCCCGAAUCGAAUUGUUCCGUAAAUUUGGGGGAAGGUCCAUCAUGGGGAAGAAAAAAAAAGUGCUACGUGUUUACCGCACGCGUGAACGUGGGUAUGCUUUUAUUUGCUUCCUGGUGAUUCGCAUCGAUUUUAUGGACAUCACAGGCGGUUCCGCAUUCGAAGAAGCUGUCUCGGAAAUCGAUGCACCGCUGAUUGUUUCCGGUUCCGGCCGCUCUCUCCCCGAGCUGGAUCUUGACAUAGCGACGGAAAUAUCCUUCUUUUCCCUCUUGGCAGCUGUUGAGGAAAAUUACACUUCGAUUGGGCAAUCGGUUGUGAGACGUGUGCAUGACGAUCAUCCGACUGCGGCUUAG